AGACAGUGGCAUCUCUCAUGCAGCGUUCACGACAAGUUGAAUUCACUUUAGAUGACUGGGGUUUACGCUGUCAUUUAUCCAUCUCCCUGAAGAUAAGAUGACACUUUUACAGGUCUCUAUGGGAGCCAAAUUGCAGCUUGUAAAGGAUAUUUUGAGAUUUUAAUGAUGAAUACCUAGGAUAAAGAUGGUCUUAAAUGCUUCCGAGUCAUGGGUCAGCACCACGAUGAAUUCGUCCGACCGUUGCCAUGACAACAACACGAGCAGGUGGGAGAAGGAUAGUGAGCAGAUGUACAUGUACUUCUAUCUGCUGCUGUUUUUACCUGGACUGUUCCUCAACACCAUUGCCCUCUGGGUCCUCUGCAGACACAUCAGUAAGAAGACCAAAGCGGUGAUCUUCAUGAUAAACCUGGCGAUUGCAGACCUAGCCCACAUCCUGUCUCUGCCGCUGAGAAUCUACUACUACUUCACCCACCACUGGCCAUUUGGACGUGGAGUCUGUCUGUUCUGCUUUUAUCUCAAGUACCUCAAUAUGUACGCCGCCAUCGUAUUUCUGGUGUGCAUCAGUGUUCAGCGAUGUGUGUUCCUCCUUAAGCCCUUCUCCGCACGACGAUGGAGACGACGCUAUGACCUUCUGAUCAGUUUCAUUGUGUGGGUGGUGGUCGGUGUGUGCUGCUCUCCUUUCAUUUUGAUGCGCUCCCCUUCUAAACACCAACCUACAGUCUCCAAUUUGACCCAGUUUAAGGACUUGAACUUAUCUUUAACAAACCAAGGAUGCUUCAAAGACUUACCAAUGCGGCAUGUCUCUCAGUCUACUGCUGUAGCUAUGAUUACGUUUGGUGAACUGUUUGGAUUUCUUUUGCCUUUACUCUGCAUAAGCUAUAGCUCAUUUCGAAUUGCGCACUCCCUCACCCAAAAACAAAAAAGUCUAGAUCAUCAAAACUCACUACGAAACAGGUUGCAUUCUUUCAGCUCAAAUGUUGACAUUCAGUACCAGGAAAAACAAGCUAAAGGUGAAAAACAUCGGGCUUUGAAAAUGGUGCUGAGUUGUUCGGGUCUUUUCCUGUUUUGUUUUGGUCCGUAUCAUGUCAACUUCCUUCUUUACUUAUUGAUGUCGCAGGAUAUUUUGACAGACUGUGUAACCGUAGUAGCUGUACGGAAAUUUCACCCAUUUUCUUUGUGCAUAGCCAGCCUAAGUUGCUGCUUAAAUCCAAUUCUGUAUUACUUCCUAACAACUGAAUUCCGGAUGCACUUUAUGCAGCGGACCACCUCCUUUUCUGAUACAUUCCUCUCAUCGCCCCUUAGCUCUCCAAAAUAUAAUUCAGGCAAGUAUAAGCCAAAACGGAUGGAUAGUACUUUGUCAAAUUUUUGAUGCUUCAGAGACUUAAAUUCUAUUCGAAAAAAAGAUGGCAGUUUGGUCCCAGCUGCCACAGAUGAACACUGUUGUUGUGUCACCGGGCAAGACACUUAAAGCACCUCGCCCCCAUUGUCUUUGUGCACUGGUGUAUGAGUGUUUGCGUGAAUGGGUGAGUAGUUCUCUGAUAUGAACAAUUUUUAAGUGCCUUGAAGGUAGAAAAGCACUAUAUAAAUACAACCAUGUGGUGGUACAUUUAUGACCGUUUAGAGUUGCCUAGAAUGUUACACAGUAUGGCAUUAAAACAGCUGUAUCUCCAUGUAGACAAUCAGAUGGUAAAAUAGAUACGUUUAAUGCCAUAAUGUGGGUAAAUUCCAGGGAAAGUAAUGAGAUCUGAGAGUAGCAGGUAUAGUAGAUCUCCACCAUCAAUUUUUUUGUAGUACAACUUUAAGAUACAGUAAUAUAGUUUAUGGGGGUUCAGAGAGGUUCAGAAUAUGUGUAAAUAAAAGUCAAAUUCUGCGAUAUUAAAACAGUGCCAUUCUAUAAGCAGCUGAUAGACUGUGGUUAAUGACACUUAAUGCAUUUGAGUCUAAACUGACCAGAGCGGUGACAUUGGUGUUAAAGUCCCUCAGCCCAAGAGUUCACUUCUGAGAAUGAAACGCCUCAUUUAACAAAAACUCGCAAAUAAAAAACUCAUUCUUACUUAACCCCACAUUGUAUCAGCAUUACCAACUAAACACAAGCCCAAUUUUUCCGGGAAGGCAACAUAUGAGCUGAUUUUUAUCAUAUUAUCUUCAUCUUAAAAUAACACACAUGGGCUUGGGAGUAAAAAUGAAGGAGGAGAUAUGAACAUGUUCCGGUAAUUUACGCUAUUGUUCCAAAGGCCAUCAUCCAUUCAUCUUAAAACUAUUUAAUAUUUUUGCCCCUGGGGAAAAAUAAAUUUAUUUGAAUUGAACUAGUUAAGAAAGUAUUUCAUGCCUGUACUUAAUUAUUGCAUGAACAGAGGCCUAAAAUAUGUACGCCUAUGUUCAUGCAGUAUUUAUAUGGAACAAGUGGCACAAUUUAUCUAUCUCGAGGUCAACAUUUUUUUGUUGUUUUCCUUUGUACCCCUCAGUAUGCAGUGAUGACAUUGAUUUGGUAUAAAACUUAAGUAUAUUGAACUAUGGAACUGACAGAUAUUGAAGCUAAUACACAAUAGUAAUGCAGAUAACCAUAUGCAUGAGAUAAGAAAAAAACACAAACAAUGCAACCAAUUUAUUUUACCCUGCAUUAAAAAAGUAACUAAAUACUAAUAUUGUAAUGACAAUGCCACUUCUCACUAUUGUACUUCUCACUAUUUAGUCCAUUGCUUAAUGUAUUGUUUUGUAAAUAAAAGUAUUUUGUGGUUGUAUUGUCUUUGACAGCAGUUGCAAACAGGUGGCAGU